CAUUUAUCAGUCUAUCGUGUGGUUCUCCGCGCGAAACAACAUUCACAGACAAAGUUACAAACAUUAGCUACACCUCGGAUGCGGAGUUCAUAUCUACCGGUGUUAGUAGCAGGAUAAAAUCAUCAUACCUGAGCAAAACACCUGGUAUAUCCGGAGUUUUCCUCGAGGUUUCAGAAACUGUUAUACAUUUAACCUAACCUCAGGAGACAUAUAUCUUAUAAGGGCAACGUUUUACCACGGAGGUUAUGACCAGAAACCGUUAACAAAGUUCCACCUCCACCUUGGGCCGAACCGAUGGGAAACAGUGUCCACCACCAACGAGUCUGAUGGAAAAAGGUUUGAGUUGAUUCAUCUAUUGACCACUGACAGGUUACAAGUCUGUCUUGUCAAGACAGGAGAUUCAACACCAUUUAUCUCCGGUUUGGAGCUGCGUCAAAUGCCGACCAAAGCCUACAUGAAUUAUACUCGUAGAGGAUCCUUGCAGACUUUCCUGAGAGCAGACGUUGGCUCUGUCUCUAACCAAUCCUUGAGGUUCAGAGCAAAUGACUAUGUGUCAGAUGCCUUUGAUCGCAUUUGGCGGCCUUACAACUUAGAAAGUUGGUCACAGAUCAGUACCAACCAGAGUGUUCAUAUCGAGAAUGUUUAUAGGCCGCCAGAGACUGCUAUGGUCACCGCAUCUGUUCCAACCGACCCGUACGCUCCGCUGAGCAUUUCGCUAAUCGGAGUGGAUCCGGCUUCACGAUUCUUUGUUUUUUUUCACUUGUCUGAGAUUCAAGAGCUCCAUUCGAACGAAACCAGAGAAUUCACCAUUACGUACAACGGAUGGCCAUACUACGGACCCUGGAAACCGAAUAGAUUAUUAACUACCACCGUAAAACCUCGCCACGAGGUCGGCCCUAAUGCAAAAGGACAAUACACGUUUUCGUUUGAAAGGACCGAGAAAUCUACACUGCCUCCUCUGCUCAAUGCCAUGGAGGUCUACUUGGUGAAGUCGUUAUCGCAGCAAGAAACUGGUAAAAAAGAAGUGGACGCGAUGAAUUUUGUCAAAUUCGGGUACGCUGUGAACAAGAUAGACUGGGAAGGAGAUCCUUGCGCGCCGCAGGAGUACAGGUGGUCUGCUGUUAACUGCAGUUACAUAGAGAAUGAGCCUCCUAAGAUCAUCUCUUUGAAUUUGACGGCUAGUGGCUUAACCGGGGAGAUACUGGACUCCAUAUCAAACCUUACCAGUUUACAAGUUCUUGAUCUGUCCAACAACCGUUUGACUGGUUCGGUCCCGGAGUUUCUAGCCAAAAUGGACACUUUGAAACUCAUAAAUUUAUCGAAUAACCAGCUUAACGGCACCAUCCCCACAAGUCUCCGUGACAAAGUGUACAACAGAUCAAUUUCACUUAGCAUUGAAGGAAAUCCUAGGCUCUGUUCCCUCGAAUCAUGCACCAACACAAACAACAAAAUCUUAAUCAAAAUUGUUGCAUCUACCAUUGGAGCGUCAAUUUUGUUAGUCCUAGUCGCUACCGCUGCUUUCAUUGUUCUCAAGAGAGAGAGGAGAGCGACUUUAGAUGAUAAUCUUCUUCAGCAAAGUAGCUCCCCAGACAUUUCAAACAACUUGUUUGCGUAUGAAGACUUAGCUCAGGCAACCGAUAACUUCUCCAGCACCAACCUGAUUCAUAGAGGAGUACUUCCCGAUGGAACAGAGAUUGCGGUUAAGCAGCUUAAAGCUGGAAGCGGACAAGGCGAACGCGAGUUUCGGGCAGAGAUAGAGACAAUUAGUAGAGUCCAUCACAGGCAUCUUGUUUCACUCCUCGGCUACUGCACAACCGGAGGUCAAAGAUUGCUUGUUUAUGAGUUUGUGCCUAACAAUAAUCUGGAGUUUCAUCUGCACAAGAAAGGGAGACCGGUAAUGGAGUGGGCAAAGAGGGUGAAGAUUGCUUUGGGUUCAGCUAAAGGAUUGUCUUACUUACAUGAAGAUUUUAGCGGAUUUUGGACUCGCCAGGUCUUGUUCAGACACUGAAACUCAUGUUUCCACUCGGGUUAUGGGAACAUUCGGUUACUUGUCCCCUGAGUAUGCUGCUUCUGGGAAACUCACUCACAAGUCAGAUAUCUUCUCGUUCGGAGUGGUGCUUCUCGAAUUGAUAACCGGACGCCGACCUUUUGAUGAUGAUAACAGCAUCGUUGAUUGGAUUGUUCGAGCACUUGAAGGAAGCAUAUCUCUAGAUGACCUAAUCGAAGGAGUUGCUUCAGAACACAGCUCCGAUUAUUGCUCAACACAAUACCAACAAGACUUGAAGGAAUUCAAGAAAAUGGCACUUGAGAGCCAGACAUUCGGCAGCAGCGGUCAGACUAGCGAAAAUUGUCAGAACCCAUCAGCACCAGCUAAGACAAACAUACAACGUAUGAGUUUCGUACCAGACAAGAGAACAUGCAUAUAACUUACCAAUAGAGUCUUUCUAUAAUAAAUCGAUGUUGUUUUUUUAUAAAUAGCCCAACGUUGUCUGUGUAACUACUAAUCUUAUUAUAAAUAUUUGAAAGUAAUUUUGUUUUUUUUUUUAUAAAAA